GUCCGAUUCUUUGCUCGCCUCGAAAGCAAACGCAGUUGGAUGAAGGUUAUAGUUGCUUAUCAUCUAGGCCUUUUAUCAGCUGCUGCAUGUCAGGUCGCAGAAAUAAAGGAUUGGCUUCAUGGAAGCUUUAAUCUCUGCGUUCCAGUGACUCUUGGUAACUGGACAGGGAGACAGCAACCAGGCCGACGUGUCCUCCUUUGAUUUCCUCUCCUUUCAUCGCAUCGGUGAAUCCUUCAGGUCCGGACAUGGGGACGAGAAGAUUCGGUGCGAAGCAGGAACCUAUGCAUGGUUGCAAGGGAACUGUCCAGACGUGCCAAUUCCACGACUGUACGGCUUUUCCACUUCCGUAGGUUAAACUGUAAAUAGCCGACUGUGCUCACAACUUCCUACACUCACUAACGGAGCUUAGUUCACCAGGCUUGAAAACCUACCGUUCCUUAUCUGGCGCUUUCAGUCCUUGCG